UGACAUACCCAUGAUUGCGGUUGAGAAGGGCGAGCUCGCGCAAGGAUAUCACAGUAUCAGCAGCCGAUGCGCAAAAGGGCAGACCGUUUGCUAGGCUGCGGCGAGAGAGAAAUAGGCGGUGGCCGAAGAGAAUCGACAGCAGGAGGAGGAGCCAAUGAAGGGACCAGAUUGGCUUCGGAUGCGCGAGUACGAGUCCCAGAUGCCGGGUCUGGGGUUGGCGAGGUGAAAUUUGCUCGUCAAGGAAAAAAAAAGAUGCGGCGUCGUGAGAGGGCUGGCUGCCUUUUCCAUUUCCAAUUUUCGCCCGCCCAAGAGUGGGAGACGCUAGGCCGCGUCGGGCUAGGCGCUGCGACAUUGCCGAUACCUGCUGUGCCUAGCCAGCCAAGCGUCUGCAGUGGCCGCCUGGCUGCGGUGCCUGCGCAUCGCUGGUAUCUCCAAGUCACUGCCCGUAGCCGCCGACCCGUUUUGUGCAUAUCAUCUCCACCGCCCAGCAAGAGCCCCACCAUGCCAGGCGAGGAAUUAAAUGUUCACAGCCAGUCUACUACUACUUUGUAUUAAUAUUAUAUAUUCUUUAUAUAUUCAUCUUCUUUUAAUUAUUUGUUAAAGAUUACUACCAUCUAUCUCCCUCGACUUAAUCAUCC